AUGCGGCGAUGGGGAGUUGCCGCUCUUUGUGUGCUUCUCAGCGCAGCUGUGGCAGUGCCGUGGCUGCAGGUAGACGAGGAGGACCCGCACUACGCGGAAACGGAUGAGGUGCGCCACAUUUUCUUCUCGUCCUCGCUGCAGCAGGCGACCUCCUCCUACGACGCGGCGGCGGGUCGGUAUGUGUGGGGUCGCACCCUGAAGCCCUCCUACUCGCUGCAGCUCCACCCGCUCAACGCGGUGCAGCGGUACACGCAGAUGAAGGAGUUCGUCUGGAUCGGCCUCACGGCGGGCCCGUGGCAAAUUGGGUUCGCCAUUCUGCAGUUCAACUACCUAUCCGCCCUCAGCGUGCAGUUCUACAACGCGGAGUCCAGCGAGAGCUGGAAGUCCAGCACAUUCGUGCCACUGUUGGCGCCAUGGUUCGGCGCUCGGUGGCUGCCCAACUCCAGCGGUGCCUUCGGCCCCGCAGCUGCUGGCCACCGCGUGGAGUUCGCCGUACCGUUUUCGCGCCAUCGCGCUGCCGUCGACUUCACCGGUGACAGCAUUCAGGUGGAGCUCGCGGGCGCCGUCUUGCCGCGGCGGGCGAACAGCACGGACACGACGAUGACGCCGCAGUCGCCGCUGGCUUUCGAGGUGCGCGGCGUGGCCACCCUCCCCCGCGAGUAUCUCGGUGUCGUUUUUCCACUCGGGCCGAGACGCGCG